AUGAGCCACUUCUGGCUUGAGUUUUUGGUUGAUAAAAGACUCAUCGAUGGCGCCAACGAUGUCUUGGACCGGGAAAAGGAGAGCGAAACAGUGGGUUUGUGUAAGGCACGGCAGUGGCAUGGCGUACAAACUGCUUCAAGCUUCCCGUCUCUCCUGGCUGUUAUUAUGAGCAUCGUUAUCGCAAUUGCCAACAUGCCUGACCGACACAAACUCUGCAAGAAGGCCAAGGAGCGUGGGAAGCUCAUAUAUGGAUCGGUGGACGGACUGUCCACCUUUCAUGUCGAGGCGCCGACGGCAAUGUGCCAGUACCUGCUGUAUUACAACCGAUGCGGAUGCUAUGGGCCGCUGGUAGCUGGUGAUUCCUGUGAUAUUAUCAUUGAGCAGCUCAACCGGAUCAACGAGCUCGAGUCGUGGGUGGGAGAGGGGAUCAACGACCUCCCCUUUGACUUCCCAGAAGACUGCCUCCCUAACUGGCACAAUACAGCCAUAAUCCCCAGCGGCGUAUUCUGCCCUGGAUACUUCAACGACUGCCCGGCGACCAGAGACCCAAACCACCCAUAUGGCUGA